AUUUGGGUCACUUUGUUGUUGUUGUGGUUGAGCUAAGUAGAAUAUUUGAAUUUUGUUGGAUUUAGCCUGUGAGCUAUCAUAUUUAUGUCACUAAUUGUAAAACUAAGGACAUGCCAUGUCUUCCCCCAAUAUGAGUACUUCGCAAAUUUACUAUGAAGAUAUUCCACCUGGAACUCUCAACGAAGAAGAGUUCAUUUGUACUGAAAGAAUAGUUCCAAGAAAAAUAAAACCGCAGAAUAUUGUUAUGAGAUUGAUGGAUAGGGAAAUGUAUGGUUCGCGUAAACCUGGAUCGCAUUUUCAUGUAGUUCGAGAAUUUUACCAAAAUGUUUUUCCAAAUUUAACUAUUGUAAAUGUUGAAAAACCACCAUGCUUUUUACGAAAAUUCAGCCCAGAUGGAAAGCAUUUCAUAGCCUUCUCGGCUGAUCAAACUUCUUUAGAGAUAUAUGAAUACAAAGGAGCUGCCGCUGCUGGUGAUCUUGUGGCUGGAUACCCAUCAGAUUUAUUGAAUGCUGAUGCAGAUGCACAUCACAGAAUAAGAACACAUAUUUUUUAUAGAUUCUUCAAGCCUAAAUUCACUGUAAAUGUAUGUCAACAAAGAGAAAGACCUGAUUUAAAUCCUGGUCAAAUUUUCAUGGAGCAACAGCUGAAUAGAGAGUGUAGCUUGUUUACUGAAGAUGGUAGAUAUGUCAUAGUUGGCUCUGCUGCACACAUUCCAGAUGAUUUGAGACCUCAUUUCUACCAUAUACAUAGUAACAAUGAAGCUGUUACUCCAACAAUUAGAUCAGCUUUGGAGGAUUAUUCAUUGCACUUGGUUGAUCUACAUCAUGGAAAAUUGUGUGAUACAAAACAUUUUAGGAUUGAUAAAAUUUACCUGUCCCACAACCAAGGCAUUUAUUUAUACAAAGAAGUUUUAGCAGUGCUUUCUGUACAACAUCAAACAAUACAUUUAUUUCAAAUUGUUGAUGGAAUGUUAAUAGAAAUAAGGAAAAUAGGUAGAUUUUGCUAUGAUGAUGACCCACUACUAGUAAGCUCUGUAUUUGCCCCAAAAGGAGUUGACAGGCCUUUUCAUGAAGAAACAAUAAACAGUUUGAAACAUAGACUGCUUGUGUUCCUUUUUAAAAGGGCUAAGAAAAUAAGUGACGAGUCUUGUGAUCCUUUGGAACUAAGAAAAUUUUAUAAAUAUUUUGAUAUGUUUAAGAGUUUACGAAUGUGGAAGAUGCAGCUAUUAGAUGAAGAUCAUCUCUUUAUUAAGUAUGCAAGUGAAGAAGUUGUAACACUCAGGGUUGCUGAGCCUAACAGUCAAUCAUCAUUUUUUGUAAUAUAUAACAUAAGUGAAAGUAAAAUUUUAGAGGUGUAUGAAAACACAUCUGAAGGUCUUCUCCAGCUUUUUGAGAAUUAUUGUGAUUGCUUUAGAAAUGCAAGGUUACGUGCAGACUCACAGUUUACCUGCUCACCAUCUAACAAUUUAUAUGCUAGAUUGACACAACAGAGGUUUAAACAGACCAUAGUGAGAGCAAUCUAUGGUGGUCGCACAGAAGCUACAAAGAGAAUUUUAGCACAAUUACCCAUAAGCGCUCAAUCAUACAGUGGAUCACCUUAUCUAGAUUUAGGUCUGUUUAGUUAUGAUGAUAAAUGGGUGUCUGUUAUGGAAAGACCAAAGGCAUACGGUGAAUACCCCAUAAGGUUCUAUGCCCGUGAUUCCGGUUUACUGAAAUUCAAAAUAUACGCUGGUGUGUUGGGCCAGUCUGUACCAGCUAGUGCGCGACGUCUGGUUGCGUUUACUUUUCACCCCACCGAUCCCUUCGCCAUAAGCGUCCAGAGAACGAACUCUGAAUACAUUGUCAACUUCCAUAUUAGAAAUGCUGUGUUCAGUUGAUAUUACGAAGAAUACUUUUUUAAUUCUACUGCUCAUUACAAUUUAUAAACAAGAUAAUGCAUUCUAAUGUGUAAAUACCAUUUAUGUAUUGAUAAGUUACUACCAUGUAGUAAAUGUUGCUUGUAACAUAUAUAAUGUCAUAACAUUAUUGACCAACCUAUAGUUAAUAAAAAAAAAUGUACCACCA